AUGACUGUGCAACAGUAUGUGGCCAGGUUUGUGGAGCUAUCUCGUUUCACUUCGCAUAUGGUCCCAGAUGAGCUAAAGAAGGCUCGGAUGUUUGAGAGAGGUUUGAUGCAGGGUAUACGCACACAAGUGGUGGCGUUAUUGACUCAGAGUUUCUCUGUGCUGUCGGAUAGGGCCAUGGCAGUCGAGACCAGUGCGAUGCACUCUUUUAUGUCUUGGGGAUUUAUUAAACUGUUCCGGGUAGAAACACAACUGUUAGUUGCCGAGUUAGCUGUGAUCACACCGACAGGGUCAAUGGUGGUGUGUAACAAGGUGAUCAGGGAUCAACCAGUGGAGAUUCAGGGGGAGAGGCUACCUACUAGUCUAAUCGUUUUCGAUAUGCAUGGAUUCGACAUUAUUUUGGGGAUGAAUUGGUAUCAUCAGUUGAAGGUGAAAUCAAAGGAUGUAUUGAAGAUAGCUUUCCGAGCUCGAUAUGGCCAUUACGAAUUUCUGGUUAUGCCAUUCGGUUUGACGAAUGCGCCUGCAGCGUUCGUGGACUUAAUGAAUAGGGUGUUCUACGAGUACUUAGAUCAAUUCAUGGUGGUGUUCAUUGAUGACAUCAUGAUCUAUUCGAGGAGUCCUAUAGAGCAUGAAUCUUAUUUGAGGCUAGUACUUCAGGAGAAAAUAAAAGCCGCUCAGAUGAAAGAUGCGGAGUUGAUGGAAAUUGUGGAGAAAAUACGGAGUGAGCAGCAACCAGAUUUCAAUGUUUCAGCAGAUGGAGUUCUCAGAUUUCAUGCUAGGCUUUGUGUACCUAAUGACGCAGAGAUUAAAAAGACGAUAUUGGAGGAGGAAUUCUUAGCUUAUUAUUGA